CCUCGGUAAGUAGUAGUACGCGCUUCCUUAUCUUAAACCCCCAUUCCUUCUCAGGUGAGCCAUGAACCAGCACAGUUUCCCCGCCAUGAACGCCCUUUCAAGUUCACCUUCCCUCAAAUUCCCUCCUUACAAGACCAAUCAUCUCCUUCUACUACCUCACUCCCGCUCCACGCUUCAAUCCAUCGCUCUGUCUCGGAAACUAAAAUUGAGGAUAGUUUGUUCAGCAUCCGAACAUUCACAACAUGCUGAACCAGCGAAGUACCAGCACUCUAAGAAGACGAAAAGCGUCUCGGAUGGCGAGAAAGGGGUCGAUCCUGUUGGAUUUCUCACUAAACUCGGCAUUUCUCACAAGCAAUUUGCUCAUUUCCUCCGUGAAAGAUAUAAAUCGUUGAAGGACCUCAAGGAUGAAAUUUACGAUCGUCAUGCGAAUCUCCAGGACCUGUCUUCUGGAUUUAUGUUUUUAGGUAUGCAUCGCCAUGUGGAACAUCGUGUUGAUUUUAUGGAAUGGGCUCCAGGUGCUCGCUAUUGUGCAGUAAUUGGUGACUUCAAUGAUUGGUCACCCAGAGAAAACGUUGCCAGAGAGGGGCAUCUUGGCCAUGAUGAUUAUGGUUACUGGUUUAUCAUCCUCGAAGAUAGGUUGAAGGAAGGAGAGAAACCAGAGGAACUCUAUUUUCAACAGUAUAAUUACGUGGAUGAUUAUGAUAAAGGUGACAGUGGGAUCAGCAUUGACGAGAUCUUCAAAAGAGCGAAUGAUGAAUAUUGGGAACCUGGAGAGGACAGGUUCAUCAAAAACCGUUUUGAAGUUCCAGCUAAGCUCUAUGAAGAAUUAUUUGGUCCCAAUGGUCCUCAAACAUUAGAAGAGCUUGAAGAAAUACCAGAUGCAGAAACAAGAUACAAGGCAUGGAAAGAACAACAUAAAGAUGAUCCAUCUAGUGUUUCAUAUGACGUGAUUGAUAAUGGGAAGGAGUAUGAUAUUUUUAACGUGGUGAUUGAUCCCGUAACAAGGGAGAAAUUUAAGGUUAAGAAACCUCCUAUACCUUACUGGUUAGAAACACGUAAGGGAAGGAAAGCUUGGUUAAAAAAGUAUAAUCCCACUAUUCCACAUGGAAGCAAAUACAGGGUAUAUUUCAACACUCCUGAUGGGCCAUUGGAAAGAAUUCCUGCUUGGGCUACUUAUGUGCAGCCAGAUGCUGAAGGGAAGCAAGGUUUUGCAAUCCAUUGGGAACCACCACCAGAAUAUGCAUAUAAAUGGAAAAACACCAGUCCUAAUGUACCAAAGGCCUUGAAAAUAUAUGAAUGUCAUGUGGGAAUUAGUGGAUCAGAACCGGAAGUUUCUUCUUUCAACUACUUUAGAGAGAAGGUUCUUCCACAUGUGAAGGAAGCUGGAUAUAACGCAAUCCAACUGUUUGGAGUGGUUGAACAUAAAGAUUACUUUACACUUGGCUAUAGGGUUACUAACUUCUUUGCUGUCAGCAGUAGAUAUGGGACCCCUGAGGACUUCAAGCGCUUGGUUGAUGAAGCUCAUGGCCUUGGACUUCUUGUCUUCUUGGAUAUUGUUCAUUCAUAUGCUGCUGCUGAUGAGAUGGUCGGACUAUCAUCAUUUGAUGGAUCAAAUGACUGCUACUUUCAUACUGGUAAAAGAGGGCAUCACAAAUAUUGGGGAACAAGGAUGUUUAAAUACGGGGAUCAAGAUGUGUUGCAUUUUCUUCUCUCAAAUCUUAACUGGUGGGUUGUGGAGUAUCGUAUUGAUGGUUUCCGUUUUCAUUCACUCUCUUCAAUGAUCUAUACUCACAAUGGGUUUGCUUCUUUUACCGGAGACAUGGAAGAGUUCUGCAAUCAAUAUGUAGACAAGGAUGCGUUGCUAUACCUCAUGCUGGCAAAUGAGAUACUUCAUGGUCUUCAUCCUAAUAUAAUAACGAUUGCUGAAGAUGCAACGUAUUAUCCUGGACUAUGUGAGCCGACCUCUCAAGGUGGACUGGGUUUUGAUUAUUAUGUGAAUCUUUCCGCAUCCGAGAUGUGGUCGUCCUUCCUUCAGAAUGUUCCAGACCAAGAAUGGAGCAUGAAUAAGAUUGUUAGCUCAUUAAUUGACAACAGACACUACGUGAACAAGAUGCUCCUGUAUGCUGAAAACCACAGCCAAUCCAUCUCUGGUGGACGUUCGUAUGCUGAGAUUCUGUUUGGUGAUACCAAGGAGCAUGGUUCUGGAUCAAAGGAAACACUGCUCAGGGGGUGUUCCUUACACAAAAUGAUUAGAUUUAUCACAUUUACUAUGGGCGGACGAGCAUAUCUGAACUUUAUGGGAAACGAGUUUGGGCACCCGAAGAGAGUUGAGUUCCCGAUGCCAAGCAACAACCUCUCGUUUUCACUUGCCAACCGACAGUGGGAUCUUUUAGAAAAGGAAAUGCAUCGUGAUUUGUUCGUCUUUGACAAGGACCUGAUGGGAUUGGAUGAAAAUGAAAAACUACGAACAAGAAGUUUACCAAAUGUUCACCAUGUCAAUGAAGCUACCAAAGUAAUAUCUUAUAUUCGAGGUCCCUUCCUCUUCAUAUGCAACUUCCAUCCCACAGAUUCUUACGAAAGCUACAGUGUUGGUGUGGAAGAAGCUGGAGAAUAUCGAAUUAUAUUAAAUACCGAUGAGACUAAAUAUGGAGGUCAAGGGAUUAUAAAGCAUGAUCAAUAUCUUCAACGAACAAUAAGCCGAAGAAUUGAUGGCCUCCGAAACUGCCUAGAAGUGCCGUUGCCUUGCAGAACUGCACAGGUCUACAAACUAAGUCGAAUAUUGAGAAUAUAAGCCGUUUUGAACCCAUUUGGAA